CUUCAUUUCAUUCACGUCAGGAUGCCUUCGUCAACUGAGGGACCUUUGUUUGGGGAAGGAGGUACAGCGAAUCCUCACCCAGUCAGUGAACAUGCGAUCACGGGUGGCCUUUUCGACGACGAGUACUUCUGGCGGAAUCAUCAAACAUGGCUCGCGGAAGUGGGCUACAUGCUACGCCCACGCUACCGAAUAGAUUGGCAGCCAUCGUGGUUCAAAUCCAAGGAAAACAUCCUUGACUGUGAGGAUGGACAAUCAACUCUGAGUACUACCAUCCUGGACGCUACACGCAUCUCUGACGGCCGCAUCGUCGCAUUGAAACAAGUUGAUAGGUCUAGAUGCCCAGACGAGGAAGAUAUUGCUCGUGCUUUUGCAAUGUCUUCGACCCUUGCUGACGAUCCUCGCAAUCACACUGCGCCCGUAUACGACAUCUUGCAGUCGCCCUUGGACGAGAACGUCGCCUUUCUGGUGAUGCCGUACUUACUCCGCAUCAACAGAGUAAAGUUCGCCACCGUAGGCGAAGUGGUCGAAUGUUGGCGACAGCUUUUUGAGGGUUUGCAAUUCAUGCAUCAGCACCACCUUGCACAUUGUGAUAUUCACUUCAACAAUGUCAUGAUGGACACCGUGCCGUUAUUGUCUGAGAUUCCUCAUCCCAUCCAUACCAACAAGAGCUACGACUUCAAACGUUCGAUCAAGACGCGCACCCGAACAUCCUAUCCCCCCAAAUACUAUUACAUCGACUUCGGGCUCUCAUAUGAAUUAUCCCCUGAGGAGCCUUCUCCUCGCCUUCGUGUUGCAUUGGGUGGUGAUAAGAGUGCCCCCGAAUACAAGAAUCGUGAUGCGCCGCUCGACCCGUACAAGCUCGACAUCUACUGCCUCGGUAAUCUCAUCCGAGAACGUUUCAUCAAUAAGAGCCGUUGCUUCAAUUUCAUGAAGCCGCUGGUGGAGGAUAUGGUUCAGGUGGAGCCAGCGAAUCGUCCGAACAUGGAUGAUGCCUUCACGCGAUUUGAAUCGCUUCGUGCCUCCCUUCCACAGCGAGUUUUGCGCUCGCGUGUGGUAUACGAUGAUGAACUUGGGAUACCCAGAUUGUAUCGGGCAUGCCGCCACGUCGUUCGUACCCUUUUUUGGAUGGUGACUAGGAUGCCUGCUCUCCCCAGUCCCCCUAUGUCACGAUAACGUUAUACUUUUCUUGCUUCCUGCCUAUCGCAUACUGCUAUCUGUCGCCCAUGCUAUUUUGCAAUCUCGCUGUCACUGGACUGUUUGUAACGCGUCGUCUGCGCGUUUACUUAACUAGAUUAUAUGGACACAGGAU